GGUGUGAAUGAAAUAAAUGAUUCCUCACAAUAUAAAUGAUGAUUAUCGCAGUGUAAGCGCUUGGGGUUGUGAUGUGAGAAGACCUUCUAUUACAUACACCACGAAAUGGAGAUAGAAGUAUCUUUUAUUCCCGCAUAUAUGAGAUCAAGGGGGACAACUUUGUGUUGCCCGGAAGUGACCUUCGCACAUGGUGGCGGUGAGAACGAAGGUUGUUAUGUUUUUCCUUGAAAGACUAUUAUACACAUUAGAAUGAGCUUUUGGGGCCAUAAGAAAGUCAUUGAGGUCGGCGACACCGUUGUUCUCUACUUUAGUACGACAAGCAUGCUGGCAAUGGCGGUAAAACGAGGUGAAAUUCUGCAGACCCGGCUAGGAGAGCUGCCUCACUCCAGCCUGAUAGGUGCCCAGUACGGCUCUAAAAUCGAGUGUCCAAAGGGCUUUGUGCACGUCCUACACGCGACACCUGAACUCUGGGCUGCUAACCUACCCCACCGCUACAGAGUUUUGGGAAACCCGGACAUAAGCUUAAUAUCCUUGCAACUAGAUCUCAAGCCAGGUUCUGUUGUCGUUGAAUCAGGAACUGCAAUCACGAUAUUGUCUCGCGCCCUAAUCAGAACAAUACAGCCUGACGGUCACCUCCAUUUGUUUGAAAAUGACAAAGAGCAAGCAGUAAAGUUACAAGAAGAAUUUAAACAUCACCGUGUUAAUGGUCAUGUGACUGUAGAACAGCGGGAUGUCAGCCAGCAAGGAUUUGGUCUCACCGAUGUGGCUGAUGCUGUCAUUAUCGAUGUUGAUCAGCCGUGGCUGGUUGUGGGCAAUUCCAAACAGGCUCUGAAAACGCAAGGAGGUAGGUUUUGCUCAUUUUCACUCAGCAUUGAGCAAACCCAGAAAACUUGUGAGGCUUUGAAACAGCACGGCUUUUACGAUAUCCGUACUAUCGAAUGUACGGAGAAGAGUUGUGAAGUUAAAAUAAACCAUAUGAGCAUUCCCUAUCUGGGUUUUGAACACAAGACUGAAAACCCUGGGAAGCCAUUAAAGAGGGAGGUGAAACAUGAGAAAGACUGUCCCGAAGAGGCCAAGAAAGUUAAAAUUGAUGGAGAAUACCUACUAGUAGCCGAGAGAGAUGGUAGUAUGGCUACAGGGAAGGGAGAUAACUCCGGCGCCCCAGAGAGCGAUAUCAUUUGUGAAACAGAGGGUGAACAGGAAGUACCUGCUGACAUCUUGGGUGAAGAGUGUCCAGAAAUAGUGGAAGAGGCGAGCAAUAAAAAAGGAAAAACUCGUGAAUAUUAUUUAGACUUAAUUGGCGUGAAAGAAGCAAGAACUUUUUCUUUUCAGUCAGAAUCGGCACUGACCCGUAGAGGGCACACUGGGUUUUUGACAUUUGCUACACUUUAUCCCGUGGACACUUGAAUUCAGCAGAUUUCCCCCUAAUCAUUCUUUUUAAUUACAUUUGAUCCCAAACCCCAUGUACAUGCAGGUUGAAAUCAAUAAUGGAACCACUAAUUCACCUUCUUUUGCUACAAACGUAUUCAGUAAAUAUUUUUGA